GGUGAAGAAAUAUAAAUCAAUUAAAAGGAUUGCAAAAGAAUGGGUUUUGUGAUUUCAUUUUGCUUGGCAUUUGCAUUGCAGCCUUGAAAAAUAGGAACCUCAAAUCGAAGUCUGAUGAAACCCUAGCGCAGUGCAGUCCCAGGAGAGGGCGUGUUUGGAUAUAUACCCUUAAAGCCUCGGUGGUCGCCUCCAGUUCCCGUUCACGCGACCAAACUAGUAUUUUCUCCCGACAUCGGCAUCGUCGCCUCCCACGAUCUCUUGAAUCUACGGUCGUCUUUUCCACUUUCCACGCGUCAGCCCCUCUCUUUCACUCUGGGUGUUUGUCGCAAGUAAAUUCAACUCGGUGCUGAUUGGACUCGGUGGCUUCUUGUUUCGGAUUCUAGUUUUGAUUGCUUUUUGAAAUGUCAAUGUAAGUCCUGAUCAAUGACAAUGAUGUAACGGAAGAGAGUAAGAAGAAAAUGAUUGAUGAGUGGGGCUGUUAUCAUUUUUGGCAAAUUAAAAUAGUUAUGUGGAAGUAAACUCUCUGAGAUGGUCACAGCAUUAUUCAGGUAUAAGUUGUUGGCAGAAAAAAGAGAAAUAGAGAAGCAGGAAAGGAGACAUUAUCUUCCCGCUCAUUGUUAAGGUCUUCAUCUUCCAGACUAGACUUAAUGGAUACUGCUCCCCUACGAAAAUUUCCUAACGCAUUGCUUGAAAGAAAUGCGGAUGUGAAGAUGGGUUCAUAAAUGACCCAAUCUAAUGCAGUCUUGAGUUCAAAUCCGUAAGUGAAAAAGAGAAAUAAAAAGAGAAAGAAACAGAACACAAAAUCAAGUACAGAUUUGGAGAUAAUGCAGCAUGAUACACAAGCGAUUUUAUGUCACAAUAGUGACUGCAGAGAGAAGCCAAAUGAGAGUCAUAAUGCCUUAGCAAGUAAUAACACUAAUCAACACCUUGGGGAGGGUGAUCGAUGCCUUGUUGAAAGAGCUGAUAUCAAUUCUAUUUCAACUAACAAACAUGAUGACCGUGCUCAGGUUGAUAUUAACUCUUGUAAUGUGGGUGAACGAGCCUAUCGAAGGAAAAGAAGAAAGACUAAGCCAACACAAAAAGUGUCAGGAUCCGUCGAGGGGUUUCCCUCCUGUGUACCAUCUGUACCAGACAGUUCAGCUGGAGAUUCUUCCUUGCAUAAUUUAGAUGAAACAACUGAGAGGAAGGAACAAGGUGGAACCUAUCGAAGGAAAAGAGGAAAGACUAAGCCAACAGAAAAAGUGUCAAGAUCCGUCGAGGGGUUUCCCUCCUGUGUACCAUCUGUACCAGACAGUUCAGCUGGAGAUUCUUCCUUGCAUAAUUUAGAUGAAACAACUGAGAGGAAGGAACAAGGUGGAACCUAUCAAAGGAAAAGAGGAAAGACUAAGCCAACAGAAAAAGUGUCAGGAUCCGUCGAGGGGUUUCCCUCCUGUGUACCAUCUAUACCAGAUAGUUCAGCUGGAGAUUCUUCCUUGUAUAAUUUAGAUGAAACAACUGAGAGGAAGGAACAAGGUGGAACCUAUCGAAGGAAAAGAGGAAAGACUAAGCCAACAGAAAAAGUGUCAGGAUCCGUCGAGGGGUUUCCCUCCUGUGUAACAUUUGUACCAGACAGUUCAGUUGGAGAUUCUUCCUUGCAUAAUUUAGAUGAAACAACUGAGAAGAAGGAACAAGGUGGAACCUAUCGAAGGAAAAGAGGAAAGACUAAGCCAACAGAAAAAGUGUCAGGAUCCGUCGAGGGGUUUCCCUCCUGUGUAACAUCUGUACCAGACAGUUCAGCUGGAGAUUCUUCCUUGCAUAAUUUAGAUGAAACAACUGAGAGGAAGGAACAAGGUGGAACCUAUCGAAGGAAAAGAGGAAAGACUAAGCCAACAGAAAAAGUGUCAGGAUCCGUCGAGGGGUUUCCCUCCUGUGUAACAUCUGUACCAGACAGUUCAGCUGGAGAUUCUUCCUUGCAUAAUUUAGAUGAAACAACUGAGAGGAAGGAACAAGGUGGAACCUAUCGAAGGAAAAGAGGAAAGACUAAGCCAACAGAAAAAGUGUUAGGAUCCGUCGAGGGGUUUCCCUCCUGUGUAACAUCUGUACCAGACAGUUCAGCUGGAGAUUCUUCCUUGCAUAAUUUAGAUGAAACAACUGAGAGGAAGGAACGAGGUGGAACCUAUCGAAGGAAAAGAGGAAAGACUAAGCCAACAGAAAAAGUGUUAGGAUCCGUCGAGGGGUCUCCCUCCUCUGUAACAUCUGUACCAGACAGUUCAGCUGGAGAUUCUUCCUUGCAUGGCUGUAUAGAGAAAAUGAUGGGGGAAGUGGUAGGAGGACAUGGUACACCAUUUUUGGCUGUAGGAGUUAUCUCACCAGAAAAAGCUUCUAGUGAAUGUCCAAAUAGCAAACCUGCAUAUAGGGAACAAGAGCAAAAAAUUCAGACGGAAAACUUGGAAGAGACUAUUAACAGGCAAACUUUGGUGGAGGAUGUGUCACAUGUUGGUCUUCCUGAAAAAUGUUUUGAAAAGGGUAACAUGGAUAACCUAGGUGUCAAGCGGAAUGCAAUACUUGAUGUGCAAUCUCCAAAAGAAAUUUGUCAUAAAUCCACAACAUCCAAUGAAGUAUGUGGUGGUGGUGAUCCUUCUGUUGAGAAACUAGAGUCUGAAAAUUUGGUAAUACAACACAGGGUAAAAGAUGAAAUGCCUUCAUCAUUGCAGUUGGAUGAUAUUAAUUCAGCUGUUAAUGAAAAGGGAGGGCUUCAACAGAGGUUGCAGUUGUCGCCCGAAGGAGCAGCUCCUACCAAUUUGGGAAAAAAGCUUCUCGUUCUUGAUGUAAAUGGACUGCUGGCUGAUAUUGUUCCUUAUGUAUCUGAAGGAUAUACACCAGACACAAUAAUAUCAAGGAAAGCAGUAUUCAAGAGGCCCUUUUGCGAUGAUUUUUUGCAAUUUUGCUUUGAGAAAUUUCAUGUGGGUGUCUGGUCAUCAAGGACCAAGAGGAAUGUGGAAUCAGUUCUUGAUUUUCUCAUGGGAAAAUCCAAGCAGAAUUUGCUUUUCUGUUGGGACCAGUCUCACUGUACAGAUACGGGUUUCAAUACAGUUGAGAACAGAGACAAGCCUCUGCUUUUGAAAGAACUGAAGAAAUUAUGGGAAAAGCAUGAAUCAAAUCUUCCAUGGGAGAGGGGAGAAUAUAAUGAAUCAAACACACUACUGUUGGAUGAUUCUCCCUACAAGGCCUUGAAGAAUCCUCGCCAUACAGCCGUCUUCCCUCUUUCAUACCAGUACAAGGACGUAAAUGAUAAUUCUUUAGGACCUAAUGGUGACCUUCGGGUUUAUCUGGAAGGAUUAGCGUUGGCUGACAAUGUCCAAAAAUACGUAGAGCUGAAUCCAUUUGGCCAACGGCCUAUCACGGAGACGAAUUUAUCUUGGGGUUUUUAUCUUAAGGUUAUUGGGACCACCUCAUCCAUAAAGCAAGAAGAUGAUACUGAAUGUUCUGGUUGUCAUAAAGAUUUGCGGAAUGACCGUGCAAAUUAUUACCGAAACUAAUUUUGUGCAGCUGAGAGGUGUCAACUACUUAAUCCUAAUGCUGCUACGCUAGCAUGAUCAAGAUUAGUUUUUGUCGAAACUGGAUGAGGAAUGCCAAAUUAUCCUACCUCGAAUGGUGCUUCUACACUCUAAUUGGGCAGUAUUUGGACCUGAAGACCUGUGGUGUAUUUGGCUUUUAUCCAUGAAAGAGAUACCUUUGUACCAGACCAUAAAAUUGGUUAGUGAAUAGUUCUAGGUUGGCCCAACUUUUGUAGCAUCUAUUAUUUCUUAACAUUUUUGUCCAGAGUUUGCAGAUCCGUUCUCUUUUUGUUUUUUUCUUUUCUUGGCUGGGUCUGCAUCACAACAUAAUCGCCGAAAUAGUUUUCUGAUACAAGUUUCUUGUGCUAAUGAUUUUAUUUUUUACUGCAUAUUUUCUAAAUAUAAUGUGUUUUCUUGUCUCA